AUGGUGACCCCCUGCCCCACCAGUCCCGUGAGCCCCGCCGCCCGGGCUGGGAGGCGGGACGACCAGAACCUCCGUGCCCCGGUGAAGAAGAGCAGGCGCCCACGCCUCCGGAGGAAGGAGCCGCUGCAGCCGCUGAACCCGUGCCCGCUACCCGGAGACUCUGGCGUCUGCGACCUGUUCGAGUCUCCCAGCUCCGGCUCGGAUGGCGCAGACAGCCCCGCGGCGCGAGGCUGCAGCCCCCUACCCGGUCCUGCCCAGCAGCUGGUGCAGCUAGAUCUACAGACCUUCCGCGACUACGGUCAGAGCUGCUACGCCUUCCGCAAGGCGCGGGAAAGCCACUACCACCCGCGGGAGUCAUUGGCGCGGCAGCCACAAGUAACGGCGGAAUCCCGCUGUAAGCUGCUCAGCUGGCUAAUCCCCGUGCACCACCAGUUCGGCCUCUCCUUCGAGUCGCUGUGCCUGACGGUGAACACUCUGGACCGCUUUCUUAUCACUACGCCUGUGGCUGCAGACUGCUUCCAGCUGCUCGGGGUCACGUCCCUGCUCAUCGCUUGCAAACAGGUGGAGGUACACCCGCCGCGCGUGAAGCAGCUCCUGGCCCUGUGCUGCGGCGCCUUCUCCCGGCAGCAGCUCUGCAACCUCGAGUGCAUCGUGCUGCACAAACUGCACUUCAGCCUGGACGCGCCGACCAUCAGCUUCUUCCUGGAGCAUUUCACGCACGCACGCGUGGAGGCCGGGCAGGCAGAGGUCUCCGAAGCCCUGGAAGCGCAAGCCCUGGCGCGCGGGGUGGCGGAGCUGAGCCUGGCUGACUACGCUUUCACCAGCUACACCCCCUCCCUGCUGGCCAUCUGUUGCCUGGCGCUGGCAGACCGUAUGCUGCAGCUCCCUCGCCCGAUGGACUUGCGCCUGGGCGGGCACCCUGAGGCGGUGCUGCAGGACUGCCUGGGCAAGCUGCAGCUACUGGUGGCCAUAAACAGAACGUCCCUGACUCACAUGCUGCCCCUCCAGAUCUUCAAGAAGUGCAGCCUGUCCCCGAGCUUGAAAUGA